GACCUUCUAGAAGGGAACUGACCUCGUUCGUGACCUAGUUUUAGGGAACUGGUCGAUUUUUAUGGUGGGAGCGGCAAUUUGUUCCGAGUCGUUGCCGAUCUAGAAGAGCGGCGUUCCCUCGUCCGUUAUCUGCUUGGUCUACUAUUCCCUGUUGCAGGCAAGCGGCGCGAGCACGGCCUGUCAGCGAACGAUCCUGUUUUCAAUACGGGUAUAAUCAACGGUCGAUUUUGAGAGUCGCCUACUUCCGUUCUUUCGCGAUGGACGCGAUAAGGAAGCAGCUGGACGCGCUGAUGGGGGCCAACAGGAACGGCGACGUCGAGGAGACGAACAAGAAUUACUACGACCGGGACGUCUGCCGCGCCUUCCUGUGCGGACUGUGUCCGCACGAUCUGUUCACUUUAACGAAAAUGGAUCUCGGGCCGUGCUCCAGGGAGCAUUCACUCCGCUUGCGCAAGGAGUACGAGGAGGCGAAGGCGAAAGGCUUAGCGGACUACGAGAGGGAGUUAGAGAGCAUCUUGGAGAAGCUGAUUGUGGAGUGCGACCGCAAGAUCCAACGGUCGUUCAAGCGCCUGGAGGACGAGGAGGGUGCUGCAGCGCUGAACGCCGUUAAAGUGUCGGAGGUUACGGAGUCGCCAGAGUCGGUUGAGCUGACCAAGAAGAUCUAUCAGAAGAUGGCCGAGGUCGAUCAGCUGGAGAUGGAGAACAGGAUGGACGACAAGAUCCGGGCCACGGAGGAACUGGAGAAGCUCAAGCAGGAGCGAGCGGACAAGCAGGCCCAAUCCAUCCUGGACGCGUUUAACAAGGAUCGCCUGUCCGGCCCGCCUGCUCCCAGUGGCCCGGCGUCAGCCCCUCCCCUUCUGAAUCAGCCCGACAGCAAGACGCAGGAGAUGAUCAAAGAGAAGCUCAGGCGCGCGGAACAGCUAGGCGAGGAGGGGCGGGUGGACGAGGCUCAGAAGCUCAUGGAGGAGGCGGAUGCGCUCAAGAAGCUCGCCAUGGCUCCCAAGCCAGAUCCGAUAGCAAGCCUCGGCUUUCAAAUCGCGGAUCAGAAGCUCCGGGUGUGCGACAUCUGUGGGGCUUUCCUCAGUAUCUUCGACAGCGACAGACGGUUGGCUGACCACUUUGGGGGGAAGCUGCACCUGGGGUACCUUUUCAUCCGCGACAAGAUCAACGACAUCCGGGAGAGGAGGAAGAAGAAGGAAGAGCUGCGGCCCAGAUCCGAGGAGCGCAAGGAGCGGACUGACGACCGAGACAAGGACAGGGAGAGGGAUAGGGUGAAGGAGAAGGACCGAGAUCGGGACCGGGAUAGGGAUAGGGAUAGGGAUAGGGAUCGGGAUCGGGAUCGGGAUCGGGACAGGGAUAGGGAUAGGGACAGGUACAAGGAGAGAGAGAGGGACAGGGAUAGAGACAGAGAGGGCGAUCGUAGCCGUGACAGGGAGAGGGAUCGGGAUCGGGACGACGAGUGGGCACGAGGCAGGGACCGGGACCGGCGGGGCCGCGAGUACGACCGAGACCGGAGGCACAGGUCUCGCUCGCGAUCCCGCUCGCGUGAGCGGUACUCGAGGCGCUCCGACCGCUACUGAUGCCUUUUCAGUCCCCCAAGUCCUGAGCCGCGUCAAAUUUAUCCCAGCCACUGUGAACCAUGCAGUACUCCUUGCUUUGCUUCAGUCAGCCAAGCGUAGCAUGGAGCAGCUUCCCGUUGCCGCAGUGCAGUGCAGUGCAGUGCAGUGCAGUGCGGUGCAGUGCGGUGCAGUGCAUACCAGACUGGACUCUGCUGCUGCUGCGUGUGGCUGCUUGUGAUUUGCUGGUGGUGAGGUGACUCUCCUCUGCUGUUCUGCAUGAUUCUCGAUUGAGAUUGUUGCUGCCUUACAGGGGAGAUGCUGACAUGUAGGGACUUAAGGUAAAGCACUUGAGGUGUCUGAGUCUGAGUCUGACCCAUGUAUGCUGCAUAUGGUACAUGUAGAGGCUUCACUAGAUAGGCACUCACUUGUCAUAUUUUAACCCAUUGCCGUUUGCUUAGCUAAACAACUGACACUCUUUUCU